UGCGGGUGGGAAUAAGCUCCCAAGCCUUCCCUGUGAAAGAAAGUGUUCUCAGAGCCUGAGCUGUACAGCCUGGAAAACCAGGUCUGGGGUAGGGGAGGACCUUCUCUGCCUGCUCCCAGAACCUGCAGCUCCUCUGGCCACGACUCUUAGUGACUCACCCGGGGUUUAAGCUGCCUGCAGCUUGCCCUCACCGCUGGAAGAACGUGGGUUGCGUCCCACCCAACAAGGUCCGAGGGCAUGUGAGCCUACACCAUGGCACAGGAAUGCUCCAGUCCUGAGGCCCCAGCCAGAAGGAAGCUGGCUGUGGCCCCGCGGGCGGGCUGCAUGCUUUAAUGGUACACAUGUUGCUGCGUGGCCCCUACAGGCCCUGCCUGGGCCCAGCUUUGAGCAGUCACAGGCAGAAAAUCGCUGCAUUGUCCCGACAUUAGGGCAACUAAUGCAGCGUUGCCAGUGAGGCCAGAGCGUGAAGCCUGCAAAAAGGCCUCACCGGCGGGUGCUUCCGCCUGCGCAUCUUCAUCAGCCCGUGGAGGCCCAGCACUCUGUCACAGUCAUUAUUCAGUCUCGAAGACAGCUGGGCCCCUGGUGUUCCCCUAGUGGGUCCCCCAGCCCUGAAUGCUUCAAGGCAGGGGCAGCAAGGACUAGUCAAGUGGGCCUGGUGGUGAGGCCCAGAACCUAGGGACACUGGGAUGCGAUAGGGCAGGGAGGGGGUAGGCAUGUGAGGGGACUCCAGACUCAGGAAGUGGUGAGGGUGAGAAGGAUAAAGAGGGUAAAGAGGAUCCCUGGAAGGGAGGAGGGAUCCUGGAUGGGAGGCUGACACAAGGGCUAUGGAAGGGGCUCAGGCAGAGGGAGGUGGGGAAUUUCCUGAUGCAUCCCCCUCUUGUUCCCUCCCCUCGAGGUUCCACGAGUCCUGGAGCAUCUUAUUGACAUGUAAACGAGAGGCCCCUAUAAAGGCAAUGACUAGCCCUCCAGGGCGUAGAUACUACAACAUGGGCACUGAGCCCAGGACCCAGGGCAGCUUAGCCGGCUCUGCAGGCAGCUUCCGCAAGAUCUCCAAGCCCCUGAUGGAGAAGAAACGACGGGCGCGCAUCAACGUGUCGUUGGAGCAGCUGAAAUCGUUGCUGGAGAAACACUACUCUCACCAGAUCCAGAAACGCAAGUUGGAGAAGGCGGACAUACUGGAGCUGAGUGUCAAGUACAUGAAAAGCCUUCAGAACUCGGUGCAAGGACUCUGGCCAGUCCCCAGCGGAGCCGAAUACCCGUCGGGCUUCCGCCGCUGCCUGCCGGGCGUUAGCCAGUUCCUGCGGCGCGGAGAGGAGGGCGGCAGCGGCCCACGCUGCCCCCUGGUGCCCGAGCGCGCGGGCGGCAGCACCAUGGACAGCGCCGAUCCCUGCCCGGAGACUCCCGGAACGCGCGGCUUCUGCGCUCCCGCCGUCUGGGCCCCGGUUCCGGUCUCCGGCGGCUCGCGGUCUCCGCCACCCCGGCUCCUCUUCCCUGAAGGGCUCCCCGGUCCGACCUCCAGCGACCAGGCGCUGCAGCCAGCAUCUCGCCGUUGUGCAGAGAGCCCGGGAGCGGAGCUCCGCGUGUGGCGGCCCUGGUGAGGCCCAAUGCGGUCUCGGACACAAGGGGGCCCCUGUCUGGCUUGGGGACGCAGAGACUGUUUUCAGAGCGCCCGCGAUAAUGGCUGGGACCCCAGUCAGUUCUGGUCCAGGGGCGGGGUGGUCGAAAAGGUGCUGCGUGCCCGCAGACGCGGAGAAAUACACAGAACCACGGGGAGACCCGGGUCUGCGCGUCUAGGCAUAAUCCAUCCAUCAGUCCAGCCCCACCUACUCAGGCAGAACCCGCUCUCUUCUCCCGCCCACCCUCCAGUAGGGCUGGGAGGGGGUGUCCCGGCCUGCGCCCUUUUCCCAGGGCUCCCGGAGGGAGCCCACCCCCGCCCAGCAGCCGAACUACGGUGGGAAGGUCGCCGUCAGCAGCAGCGCAGAGCGGACCCCUCGCAGCGAGGAGAAUUGCUGCCCCGCCCCGGCCCAUUCAGCCAGCCGGAGACGCCCCGUUCCCACCGACACAAAGCGCGCCGGGACCCUCCCCGCCCCGGCGGCGAGGGGCCCCAAGCCCACCCCCACCAUGGGCCCUCAGGGCUUCCAAGGAUCCCCACCCCCUCAGCCCGCGGCACGCCCCGCCUCUCCAGAAGCUCCGGCGGAGCUGCCCAACCCCGAAAGAUGCUCCGCCCGCACGGCUCCGGGAAGUCCCCGUGCACCGCCGCGCCAGUUUGAAGGCUGCUAGAGCGAAGCCGAGUUCCUAUCCUGCGAGAGUUCACCCCUGGGACUCGGAAAAGACCCCCGGCCCCGGUCGGGGAGCCCCCGCCUCCAGACCUCUGGGCCGCCAGGGAGCUCAGGAUCUUCAACAGCCCUCGGAGCUCUCUGCGCCUGUUUAUUCGUCCGAAAAUU